UUGUUCCAGUAAAGAAACUUCAGCAGUUGGUGUUGGAAGGUAUGGUUGCCCACAAAGUAUUUCAGCUCGUGAGGUGUCAUCAGAUUAUGAAACAUCAUCUCCCUUCUGUAUGCAGCAACUCAGUCUACCAGCAUCAAAGAAACACAAAGAAACUGGGUUAUCAAAUGUUCAGUUUAUGCUUAAUAGAUCUUAUAUCUGUUCUUGCAGAGGUCCUUGCUAAAGUAAAUAUAAGAAAUCAGUCAUGCACAGGAACUGACAAAAAUAUGUAUCAGAUCGAGAGAAAUGUUUGUAAAGAGACGCUAAAAUUAGAGCUGCCUCAAACUGGUAACCAAUCCAUAGAAAGUGAUUGCCCUUCCAGUAAUGCAUUUAUGAGUUCUUAUAGUACAAAUCUUGGUUCCAGUUUACAUAUACAAGAGUCAUUUGGGAUUGAAAGUCUUUGUACUUUAAAGGAUCCUCAUGAUAAUGAUCAAGGUAUUACAUGUUACUUCUCUGUCACAAAGUUUUUGCAAUGAAAGUUCCUUUGUGGGAGGUAUGCAGGAAGCAGAUAUAGAUAAGAGCCACUUGGAAAGAUGUGAUCUCUUACCAGAGACUAAGAAGUCUGUCGAUAAUUCACAGUCCUUGUGUCAUUCAAAGAUACCAGAUUUUGGAUUACGGUUAGAAGAGACAUGUACUGAUAUUGAUGUAAAUGUCGAUAGCUCCCAUGAUGGUUCCCAUGUUUGCAUUACUGAGGAACAGCAAUCUUUUGGUACAGUUUCAAGGAAAGAAAUUACAUUUUCAGAUGCAGAAUUUGAUCAUAAUGCCUCAAUAAAUGCCCCUUCUUCACUGGUGUCUUCUCAACAUUUGGGAAAAGCUGGAGAAUACUUAACUUUGAAACCUGUAGAUGCCAUUACAGAGAUAGUAGACAGGGAUCCUUUAGAAAUUGCAGUGCCCUAUGCAGAGAGCUCUGUUGCAUCAAGUAGUGAAGGAGAGGAUACAAAACUUACUUCAUUGGUCAGUGUCACUCACAAAGAACGCUUGUUGGUGAAAUAUUCUGUUCCUGAGGAAGCAGCAGGAUGUCCUCUGGAGAAGAGACUUGUCAAGCCAAAAAGUAAUGUGAAGCGCCCCUUGAAUCCAUAUUUACUCUUUCAAAAUGAGAUGAAAAAGAAAGUUAUUGAUGAUUAUCCAGGAGAACAUUAUCAAGCAACAUUGAAAAGACUUGGCAUCAUGUGGAAGACUUUGUCUCCGUCAGAAAAACUAAAAUGGCAAACGAAGGCAGAAAACUUGAAGAAAGAACACCAACGCCAGAAUCCUAAUUACCAUUACAACCCUUUUGAAGCAUUUAAGAAACGCCAACAGUACCUGAAAGCUCGAAUGGAACGUAGCCGCAUGUAUCGUGUUUCGUCUGAGAGCAGUGUUGAAGAUAAUCCUGCUAUGAUGUUGUCUCCAAAAUUUUAUGGAGCUGUGAAAAAAGAUGCGUAAACGGUGACAUUUUGUUAGUGCAAUACUUUAUACAAAUUGGGUACCACUUGCAUUUGUUUAACCUGCAUGUGUCUCUCAAAUUGUUUUAA